AUGGACGAGUACGCAGGCAGACAGACGGCCCAGCAGGCAGGGAAGCAGGCGCGCAGGCAGACCGACGGCCCAGCAGGCAGGAAAGCAGGCGCGCAGGCAGACCGACGGCCCAGCAGGCAGGGAAGCAGGCGCGCAGGCAGACCGACGGCCCAGCAGGCAGGAAAGCAGGCGCGCAGGCAGACCGACGGCCCAGCAGGCAGGGAAGCAGGCGCGCAGGCAGACGGAGCAUCAGACAGGCGAGGAGGCGGGCCAGCAGCGGGGCGAGAACUCCGGCAGAAUCCCAAGGGCCUGAAGGCGCGGGGCCCGAUCGGCCGGCCGGGGUCGGCGCGGUGCAUGACCGUGCCAUGCGCUGGGAUCUGUGUCAAGGCCGCCCAAGGAGCGCCACGCACUGCGGAAGCGACGCCGCCCGUGGGCAUGCCGGGGUCUGCGCCCACGCCCACGGAGACACGGCGGAUCGCGGCUUGA